AUGCCUUCUUACGUUAUCACCGGUGUUUCUCGAGGACUCGGAUGGGAGUUCCUCCGCCAAAUCUCCGCCAACCCAAACAAUCAAGUUAUUGGACUUGUCCGUGAUAAGAAGGCAACCGACAAAAAGGUGUCCGAUGAACUGGCUGGGAGGGCCAAUAUUAACAUCCUGCAAGCCGAUAUCUCUGACUACGAUGCUAUCAAGAACGCUGUGGCAGCCACCUCGGAAAUCACUGGAGGAAGUCUUGACUACCUGAUUGCGAACGCUGCAAACGUCUCAAAGUGGGAUGCCUACGACCCUAUCGGAGUCUUGGCGGAAAAUCCCAAGGAGCUCGAGAAGCAGAUGAUCAACAUCACCACCGUCAAUAUCGUUGGAAACAUCAACCUCUUCAAGCUUUAUAUACCUCUUCUCCUCAAGGGCCAGGCGAAGAAGGUCAUAGCACUUACGACUGGCCAUGCGGACCUGGACUCGAUCAAUCAGAUUGACAUCGAGCCGGCCGCUCUCUAUUCGAUCAGCAAAGCGGGGAUGAAUAUUGCCGUGGCCAAGUUCAGCGCCCAGUACAAGAAAGACGGUAUCCUUUUCUUCAGUCUCAGUCCUGGCGUGGUGGAUGUUGGGUCCACAGCCGAUGCUACCCCAGAGCAAUUGCAAAAACUUGGAGCCAUGGCUGCCGGAUUUUUACGGGCAUACCCUGAGUGGAAGGGGCCCGCCCAGCCAGAAGAUUCAGUCAGGGACAUGCUGGCUGUUAUCGAGAAGGCCUCAAUUGAAGACGGGUUUGGGGGAUCUUUCCUGUCCCACCAUGGAGAUAAACAUUGGCUCUGA